CGACAUGCGCAUGGGCCGCUGGUGACGGCCCCGGCUUGGCUGCAGUGACAGUUCACGCCCGCGAUUGAGUCCGCUGAUAGGGCGCGGAGCGGACGGGUCCCCUCCUGAGGCAAGGCCGACAAACUCGAAGCUGCCGACACCAUAAGCGCCCACUCUUGGCUCAUUCACCAUGGUGAACCUUUCGCGGCUAAUUCUGCCACUGUUCUUGGUGUUGGGAUGCCAGGGAGCCAACAUCGUCGAAGAGAGAGCGGCCCAGGCACAGAAACCGCUCAGCUCCGGCUCUGACAUAGCGCAAGUCAAGAGCAAGGACAACUUCGUCCGCGUCGAUGGCCUCACACUGCGUCAGGGUUCUGACCAGCAGCAACACUACCUCUCAGCCCUGAACUACUGGUCCUGCAUGAAUCUGGCUGCAGGCAAGGAGGCUGAUGGGGAUUAUCAGAGGCUCCUCGAGGAACUUGACCAGAUGGCAGAGGCCGGCAUCAACCACUUGCGCGUCAUGGCUGCCUCAGAGGGCUCACCAACGCGGCAGCCAUUCAGGAUCCUGCCGGCGCUCCAGACGUCGCCCGGUCGGUACGACGAGGACGUCUUUGUCGGCCUCGAUCGCUGUGUGGCCGAAGCUGCUAAGCGCGGUUUCCGUCUGACGAUGGUGUUGGGAAACACUUGGCAAUGGACUGGCGGCCUUGCACAGCUGUACUCGUGGGCCCACAAAGAUCAAGAAAUCCCCUACCCGCGCUCCUGGAACAUCAGCGCAGCGCCCCAGAGGCACGACGGGGUCCACGCUGGCUGGGGCAACUGGACACGCGCCUCUGACGGUCCCUUCAACGAGAUGACCAACAAGUUCUACACCGACGAAGCUGCACAGAAGAUCUACAACGGACACGUCCUCAAGGUGUUGCAUAGAAAGAACACUGUCAACGGACUUGUCUACUCGCAAGACCCUGCCAUCAUGGCCUGGGAGCCCAUCAACGAGCCACAGGUCCAGGGCGACUACUCCAGGCCACAUCCAGAAGAUGCCAUGAUCAGAUGGCAUAACAGCGUCGCCGCGCUCAUCAAAGCCAACACGCCUCAUCAGCUCGUCACGACAGGCUUCGAGGGCAAGCAAGGACGCGACUAUUUCAGAGCGAUCGCCCAGAGCCGUGACAUCGACUAUGCAUGCAGUCAUAUUUGGCCGCAUAUCUGGGGCUAUUAUGACAUGCUCGAUGCAUCCAAAGAGAAUUUGAACCGAGCGCUAGACUUUGUCAAAGACUACAUUGCCAACGCCGAGAAGUGGGCAUCAGAGUUGGGCAAGCCGCUCUUCGUCGAAGAGUUCGGCUUUCCUAGAGACAACUGGCUGCUCGAUGUGACCAAGGGCGACUACCAGUACGGAAGCCGGGCGACGACGACCCACCGGGAUGCCCUCUUCCAGCAGGUCCUGAGUCAGGUAUGGGAGAGCUACAGCGAGAAAAGGGGGCUCGUAGGAGCAGCACCUUGGUCCUACGGUGGCAUAUCCCGGCCAGAGACGCAGAUCUUGACAAAGCAAGGCAUUGUCUGGUCUGGAGAUCCUCCUCAAGAGCGUACGUGCUGGAGCCCAUAGCCGCUGCACCGUGACGUUACAUGCUGACUGUGACCUCCCUCUCACCAACUCAGCGCCUGGCUGGCACAGCAUCUACGACGGUGAUGCGUCCACGUUGAAGCUGUUCCAGCGACAGUGCGAAUUGGCCGGGCCGCUGGCUUGCAGGUC